GCAUUUGGGAUGCUACCCAGUUACGGCUGCGCCACGGACUGGGCCGAGGAGCCGCAGCAGCACCAGGAUGGGCUGCCCUACAUCGAUGACUCCCCUUCCUCCUCCCCGCACCUCAGCAGCAAGGGCAGGGGCAGCCGGGAUGCACUGGUUUUGGGACCCUCGGAGUCCACCAAAGGGGGUGAGCUGGACUUGGAGAAGGGCUUGGAGAUGAGAAAAUGGGUCCUAUCUGGAAUCCUGGCUAGUGAGGAGACAUACCUGAGCCACCUGGAGGCACUGCUGCUGCCCAUGAAGCCAUUGAAAGCUGCAGCCACCACCUCUCAGCCGGUGCUGACGAGUCAGCAGAUUGAGACCAUCUUCUUCAAAGUGCCAGAGCUCUAUGAGAUCCACAAGGACUUCUACGAUGGGCUCCUUCCCCGUGUGCAGCAGUGGGGCCACCAGCAGCGUGUGGGCGACCUCUUCCAGAAGCUGGCCAGCCAGCUGGGUGUGUACCGGGCCUUUGUGGACAACUAUGGCGUUGCCAUGGAGACAGCAGAGAAGUGCUGCCAGGCCAAUGCUCAGUUUGCAGAAAUCUCAGAGAACCUGAGAGCCAGAAGCAACAAGGACUCCAAGGAUCAGACAACCAAGAACUCUCUGGAAACCCUGCUCUACAAGCCGGUGGACCGGGUGACGCGCAGCACGCUCGUCCUGCACGAUCUGCUGAAGCACACACCACUCAGCCACCCUGACCACCCGCUGCUGCAGGAUGCCCUCCGGAUCUCACAGAACUUCCUGUCUAGCAUCAACGAGGAGAUCACACCCCGCCGGCAGUCCAUGACUGUCAAGAAGGGCGAGCACCGGCAGCUGCUGAAGGACAGCUUCAUGGUGGAGCUGGUGGAGGGGGCCCGCAAGCUACGCCACGUCUUCCUCUUCACUGACCUGCUGCUCUGUGCCAAGCUCAAGAAGCAGGGUGGAGGCAAAACCCAGCAUUAUGACUGCAAGUGGUACAUUCCGCUCACGGACCUGAGCUUCCAGACAGUGGAUGAGUCGGAAGCAACACCCAACCUCCCCCUGGUGCCGGACGAGGAGCUGGACGCCAUGAAGAUAAAGAUCUCCCAGAUCAAGAACGACAUCCAGAGGGAGAAGAGAGCAAACAAGGGCAGCAAGGCCAUUGAGAGGCUGAAGAAGAAGCUGUCCGAACAGGAGUCACUGCUGCUGCUCAUGUCUCCCAACAUGGCCUUCAGGGUGCACAACCGCAAUGGCAAGAGCUACACAUUCCUCAUCUCAUCUGACUACGAGCGUGCCGAGUGGAGGGAGAACAUCCGGGAGCAGCAGAAGAAAUGCUUCAAAAGUUUCUCUCUGACCUCAGUGGAGCUGCAGAUGCUGACCAACUCUUGUGUCAAACUUCAGACCGUCCACAACAUUCCACUGACCAUCAACAAGGAAGAUGAUGAGUCUCCCGGGCUCUAUGGGUUCUUGAAUGUCAUUGUCCACUCAGCCACCGGAUUUAAGCAGAGUUCAAAUCUAUACUGCACUCUGGAAGUGGACUCUUUCGGGUACUUCGUGAACAAAGCGAAGACCCGUGUCUACCGGGACACAGCUGAGCCGAACUGGAAUGAGGAGUUUGAGAUCGAACUGGAAGGUUCCCAGACCUUAAGGAUCCUGUGCUACGAGAAGUGUUACAAUAAAACGAAGAUCACCAAGGAGGACGGUGAGAACACGGACAGAAUCAUGGGGAAGGGCCAGGUCCAGCUGGAACCACAGGCACUGCAGGACAAAGACUGGCAGCGAACCGUGAUCGCCAUGAAUGGGAUUGAAGCUAAACUCUCAGUCAAGUUCACCAGCAGGGAGUUCAGCUUAAAGAGAAUGCCAUCCCGAAAGCAGACCGGGGUCUUCGGAGUCAAAAUCGCUGUGGUCACCAAGAGAGAGAGGUCCAAGGUGCCCUACAUCGUGCGCCAGUGUGUGGAGGAGAUCGAGCGCCGGGGCAUGGAGGAGGUGGGCAUCUACCGUGUGUCCGGAGUGGCCACAGACAUCCAGGCGCUGAAGGCAGCCUUUGACGUCAAUAACAAGGACGUGUCAGUGAUGAUGAGCGAAAUGGACGUCAACGCCAUCGCCGGCACACUGAAGCUCUACUUCCGAGAGCUGCCUGAGCCCCUCUUCACCGAUGAGUUCUACCCCAACUUUGCCGAGGGCAUUGCUCUUUCAGACCCCGUUGCAAAGGAGAGCUGCAUGCUGAACUUGCUGCUGUCGCUCCCGGAGGCCAACCUGCUCACCUUCCUCUUCCUUCUGGACCACCUCAAAAGGGUGGCAGAAAAGGAGACCGUGAACAAGAUGUCCCUGCACAAUCUUGCCACUGUCUUCGGCCCCACGCUGCUCCGGCCCUCAGAGAAGGAGAGCAAGCUCCCUGCCACGCCUGGCCAGCCUAUCACCAUGACCGACAGCUGGUCCCUGGAGGUCAUGUCCCAGGUCCAGGUGUUGCUGUACUUCCUGCAGCUGGAAGCCAUCCCUGCCCCAGACAGCAAGAGACAGAGCAUCCUCUUCUCCACCGAAGUCUAAGGCUGCUCACCUCUGCAAGGCAGCAGAUAUCCCGAAGGCCUCUGGCAAAACAGACCAUCCGAGGAGAAGGAACAGAACCUUCUCAAGGUGUCAGUUGGCCACCCCCAAGAGCUGGGCCAUCUCCCAGAAACAGCGACCCAAGGCAAAGGUGGUCCAGGGAGCCUGGGCAGUUCUGGGCCCCGUGGGUCUCAGGCCCAGGCUGGCCUUCCAAACUGUGGUUCUCCAGCCACCCACCAGAGGGUGCCCCAAACCAGUGCAUCUCAGUACAAGCCUGAAAGGGGCUGCCUCCACAGUGGUGGUUUUUGUAAACUUAAUUUAUCAGAGUUUAGAAGAUUUCUACUGGAUUCCUGGUCAAGACGCGCCCUUCCCGGGGACAGGGGAACAUGGCCAGAUUCCCUCACUCUUGUGUCUUGAAUAAACGCUGCUGCUGCUUCAUAUGUGGGGGCUGCAGCCCGGUCCCUCAUGGGUAGGGGUCCUUGGGUUGCCCUGACUUAGACACUCGACCAUGUCCAUGCCAAGGUUAAAAAGCUAAGUCAACACUGUAGCAUCUGGCCCCUCACCGCCUUUCUCCCUUCUCUUUCUAGAGGGUUUCUGUGCAGAAAUGGCUCUCCCCUGUUCUGUCUUGUGGCUUUGUGGUUGCUGUCUGUUUGCCCCUUGGAGGCAGCACUGUGUGCAUUUGUGCGAUGUCCGCGGACUGGAUGCUAGAGGGAGGGGUCCAGAUUGCGCACUUCACAGUUUGUUCCCCAGAGAGAGUGGCCACAUCCUCCAGGCUAACCACCCAGCUGGCACACGCUCUCGUUCUCAGCUCAUGAAGGCCUCAUUUCUCUGGCUUCCUCUAGCCUUUCUGCCCUUCACUCUCAGCCCACCCUCUGCUAAUCCUCUCCCACACAGAUCUCUCCCUGUCCCUGCUUUCUCCCUGUUGGACACACACAGUCCACUUUUGUAAACAUCCCUUCUUGGCAGCUGCUUGCUGACAGGCUGCUUUAAACUUUGAUCUGAACAGCCUUUUGAUACUUGAAUAUUUUUAAGUUUUAUAUAUAGUUUCUAAUGUUUUUUUUUUCCUAACAGAUUCACAUUCCUAGUAAGAUAUUAGAAUGUACUGAUUGGACAUACUGUGUCCGGGCAGCAUUUUUGUCUUCCUCUCAGCGCCAGCUCUGUUGUCAUAAAGAGCCAUCUCUGAAGUUUCCAGAAUAUUCUGAGUGUGGAAGGUUGGGAUCAGGGCUGCUGCUAGAGGCUGGGGCAGGGGCGCCCUGGGCCUUGGUAACCUCUGACCAUCCUGACUUAGAGAAAGGAGAAUUGGGGAGGCCACUAGUAUUUUGAGGAAGCCAAUCCAGGAACAAUCAUAUCAUUUUAAAAAGAAGUUAAGUGGGGGUAAGAAAAAAGAAAGGAGAGGAAACUAUGAGAGGUAGAGUUUCCAUGCUGGUCUUGCAGGAGGAGAGGAUGUAGCUCACCUGGGGAGGGAAGUGAUGGCUUAACUCAGGAAGGCCUGGUGGUCGUCAUGGGAUCCCAUCUGCAGAGGACCACAGCAGCACUGUCUGGGGGAGAGGGCUUUCCCCAUGUGUCCAUCAGUAGCACUAGUGGGAGCCAUGACAGCGGGUGGCUGUGCACCCCUGCACGCCCUCUGUUGUGGACCUGCCAAGGCCAGAAAUGAAGCUGGGAUGAGGUGUUAGCCAAGGGAGGAAACCAAGUCACUUGGAGGCUUUCCGUCUGCAUGCAGUAUUUAUUUAGUUGUACUUUUUUUCUCAAAAGGAAGGUAGACCCACCAUGUUGAUCCAGGGCCGCUGUCCUGGGCACAAGGGCAAGGAAACCAAGUCCUCAGCGCCCUGUCCAUUUCUAGACUCAGGGUCCCAUACCCCACCCAACCUGUGUGGCCCAGGCCUCGGGCACAGGCACAGGCUCCGGCUAUCUGUCUCAGCAGCCCUACCAGGGGAAUGUGUUUGGCCGAGAAGAGCUGUGCAGGCCCUUGCUUCUGUCUCCUCCGGUGUCUCAUGAUUUGCAUUUGUCGCAUUGAAACUGGAAAGCAAUAUAUCGAUGUCUGUGCCAAUUUUUGUUUCGCCCUGCCUAUUUUCACUUUUAUUUAUAGGGAACAUGUAAUGUCAGAUGACUGAGUGACCACUCUGUCAUGUCGCUGUAAGGACA